AUGAACUGUGCCCUUUUUCCCAGCCUUCGCAGUACACGGGGUAGAGUCCACAGUCCUCCCGCAACCAUGUCCGGAAAAGUGGAGUCUACCGGCGGGGAGGAGCCGACUCCGGCCCGGGACGAGGACAUUGAAAAGAUCCCCGCGCAAGUGAAUCACAACCCGGAGCAAAAGAUCUCGGAUCAAAUCUCCCACGAGAAGCUCGAGGAGCUCGCCCCCAACGGCGAAGGGGAGUACAUCCUGGGUAAGAUCAACGAGAUGAGCGAGGAGGAGGCCCUCGAGAUCGUCGAGGAGUCGGUCGAGUUCUUCAAGGACGACUGGAACUUCCCUUCCGAUAUGAGAGAGCGUAUGAAGAAGCUCCUCGAAGGCCCCAAGGCCUACGGAGAGCACUACGAUCGCGACUUGAGGAUCGACGCCGUCAUGAUCCGCUACUCGUCGCCCUACCCGGGUGUUCGCGCCGUGGCCGAGAUUCUGGACGACCAGAGCGUGCCGAUCGAGACGUUCCGCGCCUACUUUCUGGGCAUUGGCUGGGCCAUCAUCGGGACCUUCAUCUCGACCUUCUUCAACUCGAGGUUCCCGUCCAUUACUCUGAGCGGCCAGGUCAUCCAGAUCCUGUUGUUCCCGUGCGCCAAGUUCCUCGAGUUCGCCCUGCCGGACUGGGGCGUCACUGUCCGCGGGACGCGGCACUCCCUCAACCCGGGCCCCUGGAACUUCAAGGAGCAGAUGUUCGCGACCAUCACGUACAACAUCGCCAUCUACACCACCAACAGCUACGGCAUGAUCCUCGUGCAGAAGUCCCCCGUCUACUACGGCCUCGGCUUCGUCGACUUCGGCUACCAGCUCAUGCUCACGCUCUUCGUGCAGCUCAUGGGCAUGGGCUUCGCCGGCUACCUCCGCCGGUUCAGCGUGUACCCGGUCAAGGCCCUCUGGCCGACCAUCCUGCCGACCAUCGCCAUGAACCGCGCGCUCACGCGGCCCGAGCCGAGGGAGAGGAUCAACGGCUGGACCAUCUCGCGGUACAAGUUCUUCUACGUCUGCACCAUCUGCAUGUUCUUCUACUACUGGCUCCCGGGCUACCUCUUCACGGCCCUGGCCACCUUCAACUGGAUGACGUGGGUCUCGCCGGAGAACGUGACGCUGGCCAUCAUCACGGGCUCCUCCCUGGGGCUCGGCCUGUUCAACCCCGUCACGACGUUCGACUGGAACGUCGCCACGUCCUCGUACGCCGCGCUGGCCCAGCCCUUCUUCGCGACCUGCACCAUGUACUGCGGCGCCAUCGUGGGCGGCGGCAUCAUCCUCGGGAUCUACUACACCAACAUGUACAACACGGCGUAUCUCCCCAUCAACUCGUCGUCGCCGUUCGCCAACGACGGCACCCCGUACGUCGUGCAGAAUGUGGUGGUGAACAACCAGCUCAACGAGACCCUCUACCAGGAGUACUCGCCGCCGUUCUACUCGGCCGGGUACCUCCUGACCGUCGGUGCCAACUACUGCUUCUAUCCAGUGUACUUCUUGUACAUCAUGGGAAACCAAUGGAAGACGAUAUCGGCCGCGUACGUUGACUUCUACAAAGGGCUGCGCCACGGCAAGGGCAACUACGAAGGCGCCAUGGACGUCCACAGCCGCCUCAUGGCGAACUACGGAGAGGUCCCCGACUGGUGGUUCCUGGUGAUACUGGUCGGCGCCAUCGUCGUCUCCGUCGUGUUCCUCAACAUCUACCCGCUCGACACCCCGGUGUGGCUCGUCUUCCUGAUGAUCGCCAUCAACCUCGUCUUCGCGGUGCCCCUCUCGUUCCUCUCGGCGACGACGGGGACCAACCUGGGGCUCGGCGCCCUGAUCCAGGUCAUCACGGGCUACAUGCUGCCGGGCAACACCAACGCCUUCCUCUUCUCCCAGACGCUGGGGUCCUGGGCGCUCGCCGGCUACGGCGACAACUACGUCCAGGACCAGAAGAUGGCCCACUACACCAAGAUUGCGCCGCGGGCCGUCUUCCGGAGCCAGAUCGGCACCAUCGUCAUCACGUGCUUCGUCGCGGUGGCCACGCAGAACUUCAUACUGGAAAACGUUAAGGGGCUGUGUACUCCCACCCAGAUGAGUCGCUUCACGUGCGCCAACGACGGCGCGCCGCUGUAUGCCAACUCUUUGAUGUGGGGGCUUCUCGGAUCAGAGCGAAUGUUUGUGUCUUUCUAUCCGAUUUUGAAGUGGUGCUUCCUCAUGGGCACAGUAAUCGCCGUUGUCUUCCUGGUCGGCCAAGGCUACGGACCAAGAUACCUCCCCGGCGUGCGGGAAACCCUACGGCGGAAGCUGAGCCCGAGGACCUUUGCCCGUCUGGACAAGACUCUUUUCCCCUUCGUCGCCUCUCUUCUGUGGCUUAACCCCGUCCUAGUCAUUCAGGGCAUCCAGCACUGGGCCCCUUCCAACCUCUCAUACAAGACGCCCGGCUUCAUCCUUGGAUACAUCUUCAUGUACUGGCUCCCUCGGCACCGGUUGGCCUGGUGGGAGAAGUAUAACUACGUACUGUCGGCGGCCCUGACUGCCGGAGUAGCCGUCUCGGCCUUGGUCAUGUUCUUCGCUGUGGGGUAUAACCCGGUCUCUCUGAAGUGGUGGGGAAACACGGUCAGCGGUGCCGGGGUCGAUGGACGGCAGAUCGGGAUCCUGCCCAUUCCCGAGAGAGGGUAUUUUGGUCCCGAGAGGGGAUCCUUUCCUACAUAG